CGAGCCGAGCAGCGGGAAGAGAUAAAACAACGAACGUCUGAAGCAUUGAACAGCUUUGUCAAGAAGAGCUAUGGUGACUUCCUGGCUUGUACUGCAGGAACCCUGGAUGUUCAGAAACCCAGCUCAAAGGCUUCCGUCCCAGGAAGAGCCCGAGAGGGUUCUCAUGCAGCAAUUCAGCUCUACGUGGUCAACACCGGGGGCCCAGCAGACACAGCUUCCCUUCCUCAGUGGAAAACGGGGCUCGUGUCUGAUAACACAACGUGGUGCGUUAUCGACCGUGGCUUUGAGCUGAUCCCAGUGUGGGACGUCAUCCUGUGCAAUCACUGCAGGGAUUUUAAGUCUGUUGGUCAGAUGAGCAGAGCCCUCAGGGCUGCGUACAAAGCGCUGACGAAUCAGAGCAUUGGCACCGUUUUUGGAGAGGAGCUGGGCAGUGCAGUGCAAGAGGCCAGAGAUUUCAUGGGGACUGUGAAGACCUGGCAGGUGAUCGUGGAUGAAGAGAAGCUGCUCAUGCUAAUGGGGCUAAAAGAUUAUCUGAGU